AAUUGAUCAACGAAAACAUGGCAACGACCAGUUGUCUCGCUUUGCCGCAAUGAGGGCACACACAAACAUUUCUGAACAUUUUCCCUAAACCCGUACACACCCUUAGGACGCGUCUCGUUCGCACGCGCAAUCACGGACGGCCGUGCGCACACGCAACCCCCGGCGGUACGAGACUGAGCGCACGCUGUCACGCUUUUCCGGCACACAUGGCGAUCAGUACUGAUCGUGCUUUUCCUUGGCGAAGGUAUCAUCUCGCGCUCUCCGUGUCUCCUUCCGUCUGUUUCGCGUACGUGUCCUCCGCUCAGUGUCCGCGUGCGUGUGUGUGUGUAUAUGCCGUCUUGUGCUAAGAUUCUUUUCCAAGAAUUCACACUACCCGACGACGGUUCAAAUCUAACCCAUGCUCGUGGAGGGUUGAAUUGAUGUGCGCAGGGGAAAGGGCGGUGUAGCGUUUGUGUGACACGACGACAGUUUCGGGGGGAAUCAAUCUGUGUGAUGACAAAGUUUAAUCGUGCCGGGGGCCGCAAGUCGGCGGUCAAGAAUGAGCUGGCCGGCUGCUUCAAGCAGGGGUACGAGGUGGAGCAUCGGGCCUACGGCGAGCUGAUGCCUACCGGCACAGGGAUCAUGCCGUCGAUGAUGCACGGCAAAGCGAACGGCGCUACCGGCCACUUUGGUGCGGUGAAUGGUGUGGGCCUGCAGCAAAAAGGUGUCCUCUCGCUGCAGGGAGGUAUGGUGGGGCCGGGUGGUGCAAAUUUUAUCGAAAACGGUGGUGGUGGCGGUGGUAGUGAUGGUGGUAGUUGUAAUGCUAAUAAUGGUGGUGGUGGCAAUGGCGGUUACUUACAUGAUCUUAGUGCGGAGCAGAAGCUGAAACUCAACAUCCAGCAACUUCACAUCCGACAGAAACAGCUGCAGCUUACCGACUACGACGACACCAGUCUCAGCUCGGAGGAGCAUGUGCUGGCGCCCACCGCCGGUUGCAUGGCCAGCCCGAACCGGCCGUGCCUGACGUGGGCCUGCAAGGCGUGCAAAAAGAAGAGCGUCGCGGUCGAUCGCCGGAAAGCGGCCACCCUGCGGGAGCGGCGUCGGUUGCGGAAGGUAAACGAAGCAUUCGAAGUGUUGAAGCGACGCACCAGCACGAACCCAAACCAGCGGCUGCCGAAAGUGGAGAUCCUUCGCAACGCGAUCGAGUACAUCGACAGUCUUCAGGCGCUGUUGGAUGAAACACCGCCUCUUCACCAAGGCUCGGAUAUCAUCAGCAACGGUAGUGGCGCAGGUCUCUCAACACCUCAGGACUACAUGAACUGCUGCUCCAACAGUUACCUGCGCGAGCGCUUGGGACAGCUGGGAAAGGACAACGACCGGUACUCACCCCUCACAGGAUACAAUCAAACGUCCACUUCCGCCUCCGCUACCGGCUCGAGCUUGGACUGUCUCAACCUGAUUGUGCAGAGCAUUAGCAACGGGGCGCAGCAAACAACAGCACAACAACAACUGCUGCUGCCGCCGCAACACACCGCUUCCACCCUGGCCGAACACACGCCAUCGCCGGCGAACGGACCACCGACCAGCGCCGCCGCGAUGGCACAGCAGCAACUGUACAGCAGCGGCUCGUUCUGUUCGCCCUCUCCAGCAUCAUCAACAUCAUCCUCGUCAUCCUCGUCGUCGUCCUCCUCAUCGUCAUCGUCUUCCUCUUCGCCCAUGUCGCCAGCGCCGUGCGCGGGAUCGCACCACCACCAUCACCAUCAGCAUCAUCAUCCACAGCACACAGGGAGCAUGGGAAGCAACCGUGCCGUGGCACCAGCGACCACAUCCGUUUCACUACCGUAGCAAAUGGGGCGGCACGCGGAGCACGAUGCGCGCAGAACGAUGCGAAAAUCUUUAAUUAGUUGUACAUACUUGCAUAAGUGACGGAGAGCACCAGCACACACACAGACAGACACACCUUAACAAUGCAGCGGCGGCAGAUCGGCCUCGGGAAGAUCGGAUGGCGCUGCAUUUUGUGUAUGAACUAUAUGAAAGAGGUAUUAUUAGUGUAACAAUCCGUUUAAGUGUAACUGCUAGCGAGCUACCAGCUACCGUACGAGCCGUAAAGUGUUAGUAAAUUAAGCGACGAAUAAAUCAUAACCUUUCAAAUUGUGCCAAGCCGA